AUGGGCAACAGCUUGACGAACCAAUUGAAGGGCACCUUUUACUCCAUAGACAUUGAAGUAGGCACCCCAGGCCAGCUGGUUAGCGUUUUGUUUGACACCGAUUCUUCUGAGCUGUGGGUUAACCCUGAUUGCAACAAGGCCAGCAAUCCGAGUCUGUGUCAGCAGCUGGGUUACUUCGACAGCGCCAAAAGUAGUACGUUUAACGAUACUGGUAUUAAGCAUGUUAUCAGCUACGGAAGUGGAUAUGUGAACAUGACUUAUGCUUAUGAAGCCGUGAAAAUUGGCUCUGCUAAGCUCAGAAAUCAGCUCUUCGGGGUUGCCUUCGACAGUGAACCCGAAAACUAUGGUAUCUUUGGCGCUGGGACGGACCUUAGGGGCUGGGAUGACCCGUAUCCCACUGUCAUUAAUACACUUGCUCAGCAGGGCUUCACAAACAGUCGAGUGUAUAGUCUUGACUUGCGAUCUAUCGAAAGCCAGCGCGGUUCAGUUAUCUUCGAGGGUAUUGAUACUGGCAAAUUCUCUGGGCGCCUCGAGAAACGGCCCAUCAUUCCCGCUGAACAGUCCCCAGACAGUGCAACCCGCUUUUGGAUCUACCUCGACGGCAUUACUGUCAGUACUGAGAACGGGACUGAAGUGAGAGCUUUUGACAAAGUUGAUGGCCAGGCAGUUCUUCUCGAUAGCGGAGCCACUCUCAGUUCCCUCCCUGGUCCCAUAGUCAAUGAGCUGCUCAAGGGGUUUCCGUCUGCCCAAGCGAGAGGUCCACUUUACCAGGUUGGUUGCCCUGUCCCUGGCUCUAAUGGUACUGUCAACUUCAAAUUCGGAAAUGCCGUCAUUAAAGUGUCAUUGGAAGAUUUCACAUUGCAAGUGGAUGAGAGUUCCUGUGCUUUGGGCGUUCAACAGAAUGACGAAAUGCCUGUUUUAGGAGAUACCUUUCUCCGAGCUGCCUACGUUGUCUAUGACUGGGACAACAGGAAUAUUCACCUUGCCAAUAGUGCAGAUUGUGGCUCUCACCUGGUGGCAAUUGGCAAGGGACCUGAUGCUGUCCCGCUUCUCACUGGUGACUGUCGAGAGACUGCAACCACUUCUACUUUUAUCGCUACGUCAACAUCCAGCGUCGGUUACAUAAACAGCACUAGACUAUCCAGCAGCUCUAAUACUGCUACUCCUGUACUGUCAAAUUUUACCUGCUUCUCAAAUGUAGCCGGCUGUGUCGUCGGUUCCAUCCGUACCGAAACGGUCACAUCGUUGACAACUUACUGUCCAGCUACAGUAGCAUCCAACGUACCUCUUACCACACCAAACUUUAACUCGGAUAGCAUAUCAGUUACAAUUAACAACUAUCCCGAGACUCGUCCGUCCGAGACACAAAUUUCCCCCACAAUCGCCGCUAAUAGUGGUUAA